AUGACAAUCGUCACAUACAUCUCACCGUCCAAACGGAAAAACUCGAGUAGCAGUAGCUCAGCUACUGAAAAAUACAGUGUCUCGGGCUGGAACACAACUCCUUCUUCGCCUUCCUUAGAGACAAGUAUUAUUAAGCAGAAUCGCCGUAUCACUGCGGACGUAAAACUAUGCACUCUCUCAAUCGAGAUUGCGGAACAAAUGCGACAGUUCCUUAUAUCAUUACGACAGUGCUCACUCUACGUCUACCACAAUCUUAAAAAACGGUCUCUGGUUAUUGAUCUCAAUGAACAGGGAAACGCGGUGCAAGACAAAGAAGAAAUAGGGGGUGGCACUUUCGAUGUGAUUCAGCAGGCCAGUGUAAUUGUCAUCGACCAGUCGAUACUUAACACACAAACAUUCUUUGAACCACUUAUACAACACGCAUUUCAAAUCAAGAAACAGCUAAUCGUUGUUGUCCCUCAUGCGAAAAACAUGUACGAUAUGCUAUCCCUUCCCGAAAUCCAUGCACAUGUUGUCGCGUAUAGAAAUCGAAACAGCGAUUCUUAUGUUAUCAGAAAAUACGACCCAGACUUAAAUCUGGCCGAGGUAACUGGCCUCUGGGAUAUGGUGUUCGGCUCCAAUUGGCCGCUGAGUGACGACAAGAUUGAAAAGCUGCUGCACAUGGCUAAGCAACCUAGACAUUGGGUAGCCAUAGAUUACCGAACGGGUACAAUGGUUGGCUUUGUCGCAACCCAGAUUUUUGAAUGGGGCUCAUCCAAGAAAGGCGAACUGAUGCUCUUAAUGACCAAUCCAAACUAUGAGAACUAUGGCAUUGGGACCCAUUUGCAUAACCUCGCACUCAAUCAUUUGAAGAGAGAAUCAUGCAACGAGCCAUUUGAAGCACGUUUGCAGCGCGAGAAAAUCUGGUUUGGACGUAUCAAACCGAGCCAAUUUCCGGAGCUACAUGCAUUACAAAAACGCUUUCCACUUUGGUGCGAAACAUACGAGCAUCAGGCCGAUCUCGGUGGUUAUCAAGAUUUCCUAGUGGCACGCCAGGAUAACGAGAAUGGUCGAAUUUUGGGCAGUGUCAUUUUGCACACGACUCACACCUCCCAUGAUGACCGUAGUCACCUGGUUUGGACCGACAAGAAGCUAUUUACCGAGGCCAGCGGUGGUGUAACACGCGUCAGCGUUGCUGAAGAAGAACGUCGUAGAGGUAUUGGAACCGGUUUGAUGAUCAAGGCCAAUCAGAUUCUAAGACGACGUGGCGUCAAAAUUCGUAUGUGGACUGGGUUGACCUAG